UCUGGUGCCUCAGUGUAUGGAGUCAGGGGAGUACCAGAGUGUUCAGUGUGACGGAACUCUGGGCCAGUGCUGGUGUGUGGACCUGGAGGGCAUGGAGAUCUAUGGCACAAGGCAGAAUGGCAGACCUUUAGAGUGCCCAGGUGUGUGUCAGGUGAGGGAGCGUAGGCUUCUCCAUGGUGUUGGAGAGCCAUCUCCUCCACAGUGCUCAGAUGAUGGGACUUUUCUUCCUGUGCAGUGCAAGUUGAUUAACACCACUGAUAUGAUGGUCUUUGACCUGUUACAUACCUUCAACAGAUUUCCAGAGCUCUUCCAGACAUUCAGUGGUUUUAGAAAGGCUUUCCCUGAACUGUCCAGCUACUGUUACUGUGCUGAUUCUCGAGGCAGAGAGCUUCCCAGCACUGGACUGGAGCUACUCCUGAGUGAUGUAUAUGGUACAGCUUUCUCAAGCAUGGAUGUUGGACGCUCCUUCUCUCAGUCCAACAUGUAUCGAAUUCUACAGAGGAGAUAUCUUGCUGUCCAGCUGGCCUUGACUGGACAAUUUAGAUGUCCAACUCCAUGUGAAAGUGAACGAUCUGCAACUUCCCAAGCUGGUAGUGUCUUUGUGCCUUCAUGUGAUGCCCGAGGAAACUACUUACCAACCCAGUGCCAGUCUGGUGGGCAGUGCUGGUGUGUGGACUCUGAUGGCAAGGAGAUCUUUGGGACUCGACAGCACGGAGUUCCCAACUGUGGCGCAGGAGCAAAAGACUGUCGCUCUGAAAGGAGACAAGCACUCUCCAGGCUCUUUUAUGGUCCAGCUGGAUACUUCAGCCAGAAUAAUGUAUUUUCAGUCUCUCUGGUGAACCCACAGAAAACCUUCUCUCCUCUUGUACCAUGCAGCCUGGAAUUCCAAGAGCUCCUUGCCAAAUCCGGUCUUUCCGGAUCCUUGCCUGAGUCAGAGAAUUUGGAUGUUGGGGAAAUUCUAGCUGAGAUUGUUCAAGGAUUGUUUCCCACAGGAGCUCUUGCUUUAAAGGCCCUGUCCCUUGCCACAAACCCAAAGAGACUUCAGGAGAACCUUUUUGGGGGCAAGAUCUUAAGGAAUGCGGGCAAUUUUAACUUUACUGGUACAGUUGGUGGUAGAGGCACUUUGAGAUUUAGUCAGAUCUUCAGUCAGAUUGGCUUGAUCCAAAAUGGUGAGGACUUGCUGCAGCUAGCCACGUUCUUCUCAGAUGACUCUGUAAAUGUAAAUCUGGAUCAGGAGAUCUCAGAUUCGUAUGGCCGAUUUGUAAACCUUAAGCGCAAUAGAAACUUGAUCAAGCUAAUUGGCACAGUCCUGGAAAAUGAACAGUUCUUUACAACAGUACAGCAGACAAUUACCUUACUCAAAGCAGAAGAUAACACCCAGCUAGGACCAAUUUUCCAGGCAGUUUUUCAGGAUGACAUUUGCAAUGUAACUGCUACCCCAGCAUCUCUGUAUGUGCCCCAGUGCACAGAAGAUGGCCAGUAUCAAGAGAUCCAGUGCCGGGGUGCUGAAUGUUGGUGUGUUGACUCUUCUGGGCUGGAGGUUAUGGAUUCGAGAUCUACUGGGUCCAGACCGAGAUGCCCAUCUCAGUGUGAGAAGGAGCGCAGAAUGGCCAUAGAAGUGAAAUCCAGCAAGUCAGCAGGUUCGGAGGUGUUCAUUCCUAAAUGCGAGAAAGACGGAGAGUAUGUGCCAUUGCAGUGCCUUGGGAAGAGCUGCUUUUGUAUGGACCACACUGGAGCUAGACACAACAUACUGAGCUCUGGAGGCUCUCUGCAGUGUCCAACAAUCUGCCAGAUUACUGCAGCCCAGUAUUUCCUGAACACAGUCAAUUCCAUUCUAGCCAGUCCUGCUUCAAUAUCACAACUUUCGGAUGUCUACAUCCCUCGCUGCACGUCAGAUGGCAGCUGGCACCAGAUUCAGUGUGAUGGUCCUCCUGAACAAGCCUUUCUCUUCUACAGUGAGUGGAGUCAAGUCAACAAUGCUGGAAAGCAGCUCCCUCUGUCUGAACUCCUUAAUAUUCUGCAAGAAUACAGAAGAAAUACAGAAGCAAUGGUAUCAUUCAAGGGCUUCCUCUUUGCAUUAUUCCAGGCAAGACAUCAGAAAGUAUUUCCUUCUUUGGCCAGAUUUGACACCUUUUCAGAACUUCCAUCUGAAUAUCUAGAUGGGAAUGAUCAAACUAUUUUUGGACAAUCUAUUUUCCUGAACCCUCUGUCCCUAUGGAGACUUCUCAGAGGGGAUACUCGCCAGUAUCCAGGCCCACUGUCAGACUUCAGUGCUCCUUUGGGUCACUUUAACUUGCGCCAAUGCUGGUGCGUUGACCAGAAAGGAGUCAUGAUACCUGGCUCCAAAGCUCCAGUGAACCAGGUUCCAAAAUGUCCAGGGCCAUGCUCUUUGGUGCAGGGUCAAAGUGAAAAGUUCUUAGCAGAGGUAGAGAGACUGAUCUCUCUCUCUAAUAGCUCUCAUCUGCCUGUGGGUUAUAGCUUCCUCUUGGCAGAGAGUGUAAAGCUAAGCCCUGAAGAGCUGCAGCAGGCAAUCACUUCUGGAUUUCAGAUUUCUGACAUACUGUUGAGUAACACAAACUCUGCCCUGCGCCUUGCAGCAUACUCUACUCUACAGUUUUACUGGCAGAGCAGCCUAUUGACCAGUAUAAGGGACAGGCAAAGUCUACUGUUUGGAUAUCAGCCAUAUAGCCCACAGUGUGAUGCUUUUGGUCAGUGGUUGCCCAGUCAAUGUUAUCCAAGCACUGGUCAUUGUUGGUGUGUGGAUGAAGAUGGAAGUUACAUUACUGGAUCUCUUACUGCACGCUCCAUACAGCCCCUACAGUGCCAAACUACAUGCCAGAGGUCGCAAUCUCAGUUCAGUAUGUCUGUUUGGAGUAAGGCAACUGACAUGACUGUUUCCUACAGACCAUCUUGUGAGGAGGAUGGUGAUUUUUCUGUGCUCCAGAAGAAUGAUGUUGCUUUGUGUGUCAGUCCUGCUACGGGAAAGUUCAUCCAAGCAGCCACGCUCAGCCUUACAGGAGAGCCACAGUGCCCCAGUUGGUGUGCUCUUCAGAAGAAGCUGGCAUCUGAGCAUGAGGAAGGAAUUGGCUAUGAUCCAGAGUGUGUGGAAAAUAGUCAGAUGUUCACGUCUAGGCAGUGUGAUGACGUUUAUUGCUGGUGUGUUUCGGAAAGUGGCCGGGAGAUCCCCUUUACACGCAGUCUCCGUUUAGUGAAAACACCGUUCUGUGACAAUCCUCAGUGCCCUCUUGGUUUUGGCAUCUCUCUAUCCCAUGGUUCUAUUCUCUGUGGUAAUGACAGUGUGGCUGGGAAACAAAGGCAGCGCUGUGAAGUUUUCUGUGACCAAGGUUAUAUCAACGCCCUGUCUGCAGAAACAUUCCUGUGUGAUCCAGUGACCAGAAACUGGUUGAGUGAAGCUCCUCUGGCCUACUCCUGCCAAAGAGUUCAGCCUCUGCAGACUGUGCAGGUAUCCACAGUGUUGCACCUGUCUCUGGCUGAAAAUCAGCAAAGCUGCAGUGUUCAGCGCCCUGUGCUCCAAGCUUCUUUACUGUUUAACAUGAGAGCAGCAGGACUAUGUAGCCUACAGCUAUCUUCUGGUCAGUACAUCUCAAUUUGCGAAGAGUCGUCCAUCUCCUUGGAGUGUAUAAGCCAGCAAAACCUCACAGCUUACAUCACUUUUAAAGCUCGCCUCGCUGAUCUGCCAGUCAAUAUCCUGCCUGAUCUCCAUGACAUUGACACGGUGCUCAGCAGCCAGAUGAAGCUGGAUGGGGUGAUGGCGUUGAUCAGAAACAAGCCGUACCAGUCAAUCUUCGUCUUGGAGCGUACUACAGCCUUCUCCUCGCCUGCUUCUUUUAGCUGCUCUGCAGGAUUUCAGCUGCUCCCAGACUCCUCUGGGUGUGUGCUAUGUCCAGCUGGCUCAUUCUCCAGUGAAGGUAAAUGUACUGAAUGUCCACAUGGCACAUAUCAGUCUGAGGCAGGUAAGGACCUGUGCUUCCCCUGUGCCUCAGGAACCUCCACAACAGCAGUGGGAGCCUUCAGUGCCUCACACUGUGUUUCAGAGUGUCAGCAGAGUAAGCUCAACUGUACUGAAAAAGGGGACUUCCUUUCAGCCCAAACAAACUUUUUGACUGGCAAGUGGCUGUGUGUUACCAUAGCAGGGAAGGAAUUGUCCUGGACAUCUGCAGAUAAGCCAAUCACUGCAGAGCAAUGCAAAGUUUUGGAGAAAUUCAAGGCUGUUUCAAUGUCAUCACUGUUGCUGGAUUCUGUGGAUGCUGUGGUGCUGCAGUCUAUUCCCUCCUCAGAGCCACUGGAAACCCAGAUUAGAAAAUGUGUGCUUGAUUGUGCAAAAGACGACUUGUGCCAGUAUGUUGCUGUUUUCCGUGAGGGAGCACAAACCUUCUGUGACCUCUACAGCACACACACAACUAAUGUUGAAUGCAAGACUUCCCAGGAAACAAAGGGGUUUCUGGGAAAUGAAGCAGCUGAUGCAUUCCAAGCUCUGAGCUGCUUGUUGAAAGUCAAGGUUGGAGACAAGCCUAAUCUCACAGUGCUUAGAAAGAAAGGACAUGAAUUCAAUACUGCUGGCAGCAAGAGCUUUAAGAGAUUGAGUUUUCACAAAGUGAGUUCUGGAGCAUAUCGCACACUUGUAUUUGAAGCACCUGAAGCAUCUCUAGAUGAUGUACACCAGUUCUGUGUGGACACCUGCAGUCAGGAAAGCUGCUGUGAUGGCUUCAUUCUCAAUCAGAAUGUCCUCAAUGGAGGAUCAGUAAUGUGCGGUCUGCUGAGUUUUCCUGGUGUGCUGCAGUGCAGUGAGGACGACUGGGACGUAAAAGGCAUAGCUUCAUCCAGCCGAACCUGUGGAGCUGGACUCAAAUAUAAUAAACAGCAGAAACGCUUUACCUUCGAAUUUGGUGGACAGAAUUUCAUCAUCACUGAUUCAGCUUUGCCAGCAUCAAGCAAAAACAAAACUGAUUACCAAGCCACUAUCAUCAGCUUCCAGCAGGUCUUCCUCUGGACAGAGUCAGAUAUGAGCACACGACCAAAGACCGAGGGAGCCUGUGGAGGAUCGGCACCUCUAGAAGUUUCCAGACUUACUCUGUCUGACUCAGUGAAGGAGAAUUUUGAGGCGCUUGAUACCAGUGACUUUAAGACUGACUCGACAAAAGAAACACCAAGCCAGAGGUACUGGGUCUUCAAACACCAGUUCACUGCAGCAGAGGCCCAGCUCUGGUGUAUCAAACGCUGCAUGGAAGAGGAGUUUUGUCAUGUGUCAGACCUUCGAGAUGAAGACCCUGUGUACUUUACAUGCCUGCUGUAUCCUGACACACGGGUGUGUGGAGCUUAUGAUAAACCUCUGAGACAGCCCUGCAGUCUGGUACUGCCACAGGACCCUCAGACUGCGUACCAGAAGAAGGUCAAUCUAACUGGCAGUGUGAAAAGCUUCUACAAGCGUGUGCCUUUUAGAAAGAUGGUGUCUUAUUCUGUCCGUUACCGUGUCAGUAUGAUCAACAAGUCUAUCACUGAAGGGUUCUUUGAAUGUGAGAGGCACUGUGAUGAGGAUCCUUGCUGUAGAGGAAUCGGCUAUGUUCAAGACACUGGAGCAUCUGAUAUUCAGUGUCUGACUCUGAAUAGUCUGGGGAUUCAGACAUGUGGAGAAAAUGAAAGAACUAAUUGGAGAGUACAGGACUGCUCUCCGUCUAAAGUACAGACUGAAGUCUACCCCUAUGGCUGGUAUGAGAAACCAGUGAAUCAGUGGACAGAAAGUCCCGGUAUUUGUCCAUCCUUCAAACUUCGCUCUCCCGCAAAAGUUGUUAAUAUGAAAAACUGGAGACUACUGGAUGCCUCAUAUGUUCUGGUGGACUCCUCUAUCUCUGCAUUUGAUGUAGUUCAUAUAAGCAGAGAUAUUGCUGAUGAUCCGGAUAGAGUCCGUGACUGGUGUCUGGCUGCCUGUGAAGAGAAAGACUCCUGUACAGCUGUGUCAGUGGCCAGUAAAGAGUCAGCAGUGAGGUGUGUCAUGUACCCAGACAGUCAUGUCUGCCUACCGACCUACAGUGGUGUGCGCUGUGUCCUCCUCACUAAGGAACCUGCCCAGUAUGUCUACAUCAGAACUGGUUAUAGGCAACAGCCAACCUCGGUGUCCAUCCCUGGGCACGGAACACUCAUUGGUAAAAGUGAGAUGAAGCUGAUUGGGCCUUACAGCAAGAGUGUGACCUAUUUCCUGGGUGUUCCUUAUGCAAGUCCACCAACUAGUGACAUGCGUUUCAAGCCCCCAAAGCCAGCUGAUUGGACAGGCACCUGGAAUGCCACUUUUGCUCGACCCACUUGUCUUCAGCCUGGUGACACUGAUAACUCUGGCUCCAGUGAGGACUGUCUCUACCUCAACAUAUUUGUACCUAGCAGUGUGAAGCAGACUUCUCCAGUCCUAGUAUUCUUCCACAAUGCUGGCUCCGGUUUGCUUGAUGGCUCUUACCUCGCUGCUGUAGGAAACAUCAUCGUUGUGACAGCAAACUUCAGAGUGGCUGCUUUUGGAUUCCUUAGCACGGGUAACUAUGGGCUCCAGGACCAGGCAGCGGCCCUGGGGUGGGUCCAGGAGAACAUUGCUCUUUUCGGAGGAGAUCCCAAUAGAGUGACAGUGGGAGCGGACAGAAACGGUGCCGACAUUGCCAGCCUUCAUCUGUCCUCAUCUUUAUCGCCGUCUCUGUUCCAUCAGGCUUUGCUUAUGGGUGGCUCAGUCUUCUCUCCAGCUACCGUAAUGAGCAAACAGAAAGCCCAGGAGCAGGCUGUGUCUUUGGGUUUAGAACUAGGCUGCUUGUCAUUAGAUCCGGAACAGCUACUUAUCUGCCUGAGACAAAAAUCUGCUGAGAGCAUCAAUGCUGCACAGACUAAGUUGUUGGCAGUCAGUGGUCCCCUGCAGGCCUGGUCUCCAGUGGUAGAUGGUGUGGUGGUUAGGGAACAGCCAUCAGCAGCCUUGAGAUCUGGACGCUUCCACAGUGUGCCGCUGAUGCUGGGCUCUUCUGCUGAGGAUGGUCUAAUCAGCAGAGCUAAAAAUAUCAAGAACUUUGAGCAGCUUCAGGGAAGAGCAGACAGUAAAACUGCUUUCUAUGAAGCAUUGUCCAAUUCUCUGGGAGGAGAUGAUGCAAACAUGUUUGUGAAGGAAGCAGCUACUUGGUUCUAUUCUCUGCAACACUCUCCAACUCCCUCUGGCUACAGUGUCUUCUCCCGUGCUCUGGAGAAUGCCACAAGUGUUGAUUCUUCAUCUCCUCUGGAUGUGCAGUAUGUGUUUGGAUUGCCGCAUGUCCCAGAAUUGCAACAACUGUUUACUUCGACAGAGAGAACUCUUUCUCGGCAGAUCAUGAGCUACAUAGCUAACUUCAUUAAAUCUGGAAACCCCAACCUGCCUCUCUCUGUGUCCGGAGCGUCUUUUAGUGAGCUUUUGCCUCCCUGGCCUCAGUUCCUGCCCCACCCAAAUGGACAAAACUAUAAGGAGCUGUCUCCUACCCUCAGUAACCACAAGAGCCUCCAGGCAAACGAGUGUUCCUUCUGGUCCCAAUACGUGCCAGUUCUAAGCUCGUCUACAGGAAAAUUCUUGUCCACAAAUUCAGAUGGAGAGAAUAAACCAUCUGAAUCUCCUAAACCUGAACCUUUGCCUGAUUUCAGCUCUUUGGUGACACAAACCAAACCCAAGCCCGAGAAAGAUGCUUACAGUUAAAUUGUUUAAAAUAUGUAAGUUUGAUCACAUACUUGGUCAGCCAUGAUUGCAUACUUUCUGUAGUUCUGUGAAUAUGUUAGAGAUGUCAUAGCUUUAUCCUUUUUUGGGCUAAACAAUAAACCUGCAUUCAAAAAACCAACCAAUCUCAGUGUUUCCCUUUACUACAUUUACAGAUGCAUUUUAUAAUCACCAUCAACAAAUUAUAAAAGCUGUAAAACUGAAACAGAUGCUGUAAUCAGUUUAAAUUAUGAUAGCCGGGAACAAAACAUCCAAAUAAAUUAAAUCAUUACUUUGUCACAUUUAA